CAAGACUCUCACACGCAGCCUUCGUUUACCACGUGCUUGACAGCACAAUCACCGGAAUCAAAAUUUUAUAAACACAGCAUUCAGCUAUAGCACUCAUGGUCCGCAAAUUCAAGUAUCAUGAGCAGAAAUUGCUCAAGAAAGUCGACUUUCUAAACUGGAAACAAGAUGCAAAUAUUCGUGAGAUCAAAGUCAUUCGCAGGUACCAUAUCCAGGACAGAGAAGAUUACCACAAGUACAACAAGCUUUGCGGUGCUCUAAGAUCAUUCGCACACCGUCUAUCCGUUCUACCGGCUCAAGACCCAUUUCGUACCCGCAUGGAGUCACAGCUACUCUCAAAACUCUAUGACAUCGGCGUACUCAACUCCCAAGCAAAAUUAAGUGACGUUGAUAACAAGAUAACCGUCGCUGCCUUCUGCAGGCGUCGCCUUGCUGUUUUCAUGUGCAUGAGCAAGAUGGCAGAAACGGUCAGCGCAGCUGCAAAAUUUAUCGAACAAGGUCACGUCCGUGUUGGUCCUGAUACUAUCACCGAUCCCGCUUUUCUUGUCACGAGACACAUGGAAGACUUCGUUACUUGGGUGGACACUUCCAAGUUGAAGAGAACCAUCAUGAACUACAAUGACGAGCUCGACGAUUACGAUCUACUAUAAUCGCCCAUCGACACGUCUACGGUCGAUUAUGUCGUCAU